GAGACGGAGAAGAAUUGAAUUAGAAUAUUUUAGACGAACCCGAAAAUUGGAGAAGGUAGGAGAGGAGGAUGCCUUGCAUGAAGAAGUGAGGGAAGGUGAAAUCGGCGAAUUCGGUUUUUCCGGUGGGUCAAAUCCCAGUAAUGGCGACGCCAUUUUCCGGUGUGGACGGAGGCGCUGGCGGCGUAGCGGUAAUGGCAGGUCCACUGAACCCAAUCGAUCCUUCGACGCCGUCCAAGUCUUGCCUCAAGAAUUCCGUACUCAAGUCCCCCAUACUCAUAUUCCUCUUCUUCCACAAAGCUAUCCGCUCGGAGCUCGACGGCCUCCACCGCGCCGCCAUGGAUUUCGCCACCAGUGGCGGAGAUAUUAAACCUCUGCUGGACAAGUAUCACUUCCUCCGUGGAAUUUACAAGCACCACUGCAAUGCUGAGGAUGAGGUCAUCUUUCCGGCCCUUGAUAUACGUGUGAAGAAUGUCGCUCGGACUUACUCCCUAGAACAUGAGGGGGAGAGUGUUCUCUUCGAUCAGUUAUUUGAGCUACUGAAUUCGAGCAUACAAAAUGAAGAAAGCUACCGGAGAGAGUUAGCUUCUUGUACUGGUGCCAUACAAACAUCUAUAAGCCAGCAUAUGUCCAAGGAAGAAGAGCAGGUCUUCCCGCUGCUAAUUGAGAAGUUUACAUUUGAAGAGCAGGCUUCACUUGUGUGGCAGUUUCUCUGCAGCAUUCCUAUUAAUAUGAUGGCUGAGUUUCUGCCAUGGCUUUCUUCCUCAGUGUCAUCUGAUGAACACCAAGAUAUGCGUAAGUGCCUAUCCAAGAUAAUACCCGACAAGAAGCUUCUUCAGCAGGUUAUUUUCACCUGGAUGGAGGGGAGAGAACCCACUAAUGUUUGCACGAGUCGUGAAGCCAUUUCAAUUUCCAAAACAUGGUCGCAUGAUUCAGAAUUACCAGAACCAAUUGUUACGACAGAGAUACAUUGCGCAUGCGAAUCAUCUGCAAAUGGUAAAAGGAAAUAUAUGGAGCUAAGUUCUAAUGUUGUUGGUUCAACCUUGCCUCAUCCCAUUGACGAAAUUUUGCUCUGGCAUAAUGCAAUUAAAAGAGAGUUGACUGACAUAAGUGAGGCAGCUAAGAAGGUACAACUAUCUAAAGACUCUUCUGAUCUCUCUGCCUUCAAUAAGAGACUGCAAUUCAUUGCCGAAGUUUGUAUUUUUCACAGUAUUGCUGAGGACAAGGUUAUAUUCCCUGCCGUAGAUUCCGAACUCUCUUUUGCUCAGGAGCAUGCUGAAGAAGAAAUUCAAUUUGACAAACUCAGAUGCCUUAUUGAAAGCAUUCAAAAUGCUCGGGCCAACAUAUCACUCUCCGAGCUUUAUGGGAAGUUUUGUGCGCAAGCUGAUCACAUAAUGGACACCAUACAAAAACAUUUUAAAAAUGAGGAGGUUCAGGUUCUUCCUCUUGCUCGAAAGCAUUUUAGUGCUAGCAGACAGCGGGAGCUUCUUUACCAGAGCUUAUGUGUGAUGCCUCUGAAAUUAAUUGAAUGUGUUUUGCCAUGGUUGGUGGCAUCACUUACUGAACAGGAAGCAAGAUUGUUUCUCCAAAAUAUUUAUCUGGCAGCACCAGCUUCAGAUUCUGCAUUGGUGACUCUAUUUGCUGGUUGGGCAUGUAAAGGUCGUUCUGGAAAUGCUUGCUUGUCUUCAAGUCCCCUAGAUGGUUGUCCUGCAAGAACUAAGACCAAUGACCUUAGACAACCAUGCUGCAAUUGCAAAACUGUUUCAUCACCAGAUCAGAAGCCAUUUAUUGAUGGCCAAAUAGAAAAGGUAGAGUGUGGAAGAAGACCAGUCAAGAGACCAAACUCUGUUUCGCAUGGCGAGAAUGGUUCGUGCCUCUCUUCUGGGGCUACUGGUCAUCUGCACCAACCACCUGCAAAUGGCUCAUCCUGCUGUGUGCCGGCAUUAGGAGUCAAUAGCAGUAGUCUAGGAAUUAGUUCUCUUGCUGCAGCAAAAUCUCUUCGCUCUUUAUCUGUUAGUCCUUCUGCUCCCUCUCUUAAUUCUAGUCUCUUUAACUGGGAAAUAGAUGUAAGUCCCUCGGAUACUGGCUGUGCAUCUCGCCCUAUAGAUAACAUAUUUAAAUUUCACAAAGCCAUCCGCAAAGACUUGGAGUAUUUGGAUGUUGAAUCAGGGAAGUUAUGUGAUGACACUAGUGAACCCUUACUUCGGCAGUUCACUGGUAGGUUUCGCUUGCUAUGGGGGCUAUACAGAGCACAUAGCAAUGCAGAAGAUGAUAUAGUAUUUCCAGCAUUGGAGUCUAAAGAGACGCUUCACAACGUUAGCCAUUCCUAUACGCUGGACCAUAAGCAGGAGGAGAAACUGUUUGAAGAUAUCUCAACUACACUAUCUGAGCUCACACACCUCCAUGCACACUUGAAGAGAAGCAGGCACCGUGAUAAUUUAUCAGGAAAUCUUUGUGGUGCUUCCGACUGUGAAGAGACAGUUAGGAAGUACAAUGAGCUUGCAACGAAGCUUCAAGGCAUGUGCAAAUCCAUAAGAGUAACACUGGAUCAGCAUGUUUUCCGAGAAGAACUGGAGUUGUGGCCAUUAUUUGAUAGACACUUUUCUGUUGAGGAGCAAGAUAAAAUUGUUGGUCGAAUUAUUGGUACUACUGGUGCUGAGGUGCUUCAGUCAAUGCUGCCAUGGGUAACAUCUGCUCUUACUCAGGAAGAGCAGAACAAAAUGAUGGACACUUGGAAGCAGGCAACCAAAAACACAAUGUUUAGUGAGUGGCUAAAUGAAUGGUGGGAGGGAAAUUCUAAUGCCACUCCUCAUAUAACUACAUCAGAAAGCUGCCUAUCCCAGGGUGCUGAUAUCCAUGAAAGCGUAGAUUGCAGUGAUAACAAAUUUAAACCUGGCUGGAAAGACAUUUUCCGGAUGAAUCAGAAUGAGCUUGAAGCAGAAAUUCGGAAGGUUUCUCGGGAUUCAACUCUUGAUCCUAGAAGAAAAGCUUACCUAAUUCAGAAUCUUAUGACGAGUCGGUGGAUAGCAGCCCAGCAAAAGUCACUUCAGGCAGAAUCUUCAAAUAGUGAAAACUUGGAGUGCUCUCCUUCAUUUCGUGAUCCAGAUAAAAAGGUUUUUGGAUGUGAGCAUUACAAACGGAAUUGUAAGCUUCGCGCAGCUUGCUGUGGCAAGUUAUUUGCGUGCCAAUUCUGCCAUGAUAAAGUCAGCGACCAUUCUAUGGACAGGAAGGCGACAACCGAGAUGAUGUGCAUGAAAUGCCUGAAAAUUCAGCCUGCCGGACCUGUUUGUGUCACACCUUCCUGUGGCGGCUUCUCUAUGGCAAAGUAUUAUUGCAGCAUCUGCAAAUGUUAUGAUGAUGAUAGAAAUGUAUACCAUUGCCCAUUCUGCAAUCUAUGCCGUGUUGGGAAGGGCCUUGGUAUUGAUUUCUUCCAUUGCAUGAAGUGCAAUUACUGCCUUACCAUAAAGUUGGUAGACCAUAAAUGCCUGGAGAAGAGCCUGGAAACAAAUUGCCCAAUCUGUUGUGACGAUUUGUUCACAUCAAGCUUGAGUGUGAGAGGCCUUCCGUGUGGACAUUUCAUGCACUCGAGCUGCUUUCAGGCAUACACUUGCAGUCAUUACAUGUGUCCAAUUUGUAGCAAGUCAAUGGGAGAUAUGUCGGUUUAUUUUGGAAUGCUUGAUGCCCUAUUGGCUUCUGAGGUGCUACCUGAAGAAUACAGGGAUCGUUGUCAGGAUAUUCUGUGCAAUGACUGCAACAAGAAAAGAAGUGCACCGUUCCAUUGGCUUUACCACAAGUGUGGUUCCUGCGGCUCCUACAACACCAGGGUGAUUAGGACCGAUCCCAACUGCUCGGCCCCAAGUCAGAGACAGAGUGAGUGAGAGAGGCUGGUACUAAACUUUCAAUCGGCUUUUACCGCAUGUGGAGGUUCUUGCAACACCAGGGCGAUUAGUACCAAUUCCUACUGCUCGACUGCAAAUCAGAGUCAGAGUCAGAACAAGUGACAGAGGCCGGUAUCACUUCUAACGUGUUUCCUCCGUGCAAUAUAGGUGUGUAUAUAUACUCUCCACGAUUUUUACAACUUGAUUGUACAUUAUAACAACCACUACUUGUCUACUUCUAUUCCCUGAGAACUUCUACAACCAAAGUCCAUCAUCCUUCCCCACCUGCAUAAGUUUUGACCAGUUUGAGACAGGUGGGCGAGGCGGUAUGAGUAGCUGAUAAUUGGACUUUUGUUAGUGUUUUCUGAAAUUGAAAGCAUUUUUCGAUACUUAAUGAGCAUGGGAUGGUAAUGUAAACACAAUGCUAGCGAUUCUGCAGAACUCGAAUUCUUUCCGCAGGUCAACUCUUAUUUGAUCUCCUUAGUUCCUUCAAUUUGUGAGGUCUUAUCUAAUAAUCAUUUAUCGCUGCACUCCGAAACUCCUGUCAAUACACUGUGCCUGCAAUCUGUGCAGGAUUGCGAAACUAGCUCGAACUAGGGAGAUCGAUGAUUUCCAUGCGUUUUAUAUCCCUUUGGGCUACUUUAAAUGUUUGUUAUGCAAUUGAGCUCAGAUUUGCAACAAUCAAACUUACUAGUAGCUAUAGGAAGUGCCUAGAUUCUACUAUAAAUCCAGCGCAUCUCAGUAUACAGUUUGUGCAACACCAAGAUUGUCUAAGCAAUUACACCUUUUCGAUAGCCAAAUGCAUGCGCUGCAGACUAAUCCGCAUGGGCACAGACUGAAGAGCUUGCAGCAGCAGCAAAUCCU